UGGCCCAUCACUUCCCUGCCAGUGAAGACAGAGGGACUCAGUGUAAUAUCAGCUUCCAACAGUAGAUCCUCGCUGGACUGGUCACAACUCUUCCAGAACACAGGCAAGAACCUCCACCACUCUUUGAGACAGCAAAGGGUCCCAAGCCCCGGAGGAGGGUUGGACAUGGGUCCAGUAUACAGGCAAGAACAAUCUAAAUGUGAAGAGAAAUCUGCCUCAACCACUCCAUCAGACAGUAAGUUUCAGACGUUUACCACCCUGUUAAGGAAAACAAUUUUUCAAGUCCCUUCUAAUCCAUUUUAUUUACUGAUUACUUUAAAUAUAUGUCCUCUAGAUUUCAAUCCCUCUUCUAAGGGGAAUGGCUAUAAGGUUCCAAUUUAGGUAACAUCCUCUCAAAUCCAUCCUGUGCCAUCUCCAAGCAAUCGCACCUUCCCUGUAACGUGGCGACCAAUAUUGUUUGCCAUAGUCGUCUAUCGAGUAUUUUAAUUCUGUGUCUCGUCUGAUAAAGAAAGGGUUUCUAUCUACCGCUUUAACCACUUUAGCCUGUGUUGGUGCCUUUAAGGAUGUUUGGACUUAAGUAAAUUUGGAUAGGUACAUGGAUGGUAGGGAUAUUGAGGACUUUGAUCCCGGUGCGUGUCGAUAGGAGUAGGUAGUUUAAAUGGUUUAGCAUGGACUAGAUGGGCCAAAGAGCCUGUUUCUGUGUUGUAUUUUUCUUUUUUUUUUGCUAUUUAUUUUUUAUUGAAGUUCAUCAUCAAACAAACAUUUCCAUAAGAUGUAUUUCAGAUACAAGUCUUAUGGACUCCUUCUACAGCCCAUCAUAGCGUAGGCCGCCGACAGAAGCUCAAAGUUCUCUUUCCUUGGCCAGUCUUUCAAGUUGUCCCCAGGUGUGGCCGUCUUCGAAAAUCCUCUCUCUCCCAGGGACGAGGUCUUUGGAGCUACCGGUAGCGUUUCUAUCGCUCUGCGUUUUUACGCGACAGGUUCACUGGAUCCAUGCCUAACCCCCCCAUUUCCCUUUCGCAGCCGGGCUUGGAAUCGUUCAAGGUGGAGUUCUAAUCAACUUUGGCGUUCUGAAAUUUUCUGAAAAGCCAUACAAUUGUAAUAACUUGCUGCAAAUAUAUAAGACGUAAUGAAAUGCAAUUGAAAUAAGACUGAGAUCCUUCUUCAACUGUCUGAAAGAUUGCAGUCUUGGGUAAAUUAUUUGUCGUUCGCCGGUCAGUUUAUAUUCCAAGUAAUUUUCCAUGCUUAAAUUUAAGAUAUUAGGAUAAUCCAAACCUAUUUUGUUAAAGGGCGGAUCGGGUGUUGAGAUCCUUAUGAAAAUCACCAUGUUGACUGGUAUCCGCUCAAUUUUGUAGUCAGUGAUUUUCAGCAGACGGGUGUCUCCUCCUAUUUAGACACACCCACAACAGAUCGCGGAGUUUUUUGUUAAGUUUAUUUCCUUCCAGUAAAGCAGAUAACCAGAAUUUAUUAAUCCAUGGGAUGCGAUGGCUGGACAAUACUCCCGAUCUUGCAGUUCGGAAUCGGCGGCUGCAAUGAUUUCGCCGAGCCCUCAAACCUCCGUAAAUUCCAAGCUGUUUCUGGCAGCGCUGGUCGGCGGCUUAUUUUUGUUUUUAUUGCAAGCAGCUGCGAUUGCGGGAUUGUCUCUAUAUUUCACAAGGGAAAUCUCGAAGAGUAAAAAUCAGACAGCUUCCCAGGAGCUGUGGUGUUUAUAUAAUCCUGAGAAACUUCAACAGCUAAUCACUGAAGAGACUGAAGACAUAGACAACCAGAUCAGAAAAGAUCCCUGUUGGAUACUGGCUAACAAAAUUAGAUUACUUGCAAACAAGGUAUCAGAAGAAGUUAGCAAGCAACAUAUAAUUAAAGACAUAAUAGACAACUUACCUCCAGACAUUGUGAAGUCUGCAGUGCAGCUGGAAAACAGAGUGAUCCAGAGUCCCUCCGCACAUCUCACUGUCAGAUUGGGUUCACUGCAAGGUUCACCCAACUUUCUGGACGGAUCAUGCCGCCACCUUGUGAAAUGGGGUAUUGGAAAAGGGUUAUCUUACAUCCGCAACAUGACAAUCAAUCAUGGAAAAUUGCGAGCCAGUCAAAUGGGCAGGUAUUAUGUUUAUUCCCAGACGUUUUUCAAAUACAAGCACAAGGAUACAGCUGGUUAUGAAGACCAUUCUGUAAAACCCAUUGAGCAACUGCUUGUGCAGUGUAUAUACAAGAUGUCUACUUCCUACCCAACACCGAUCCUCCUCAUGAAAAGCGUAGGAACAAAAUGUUGGGCAGCAAAUGCUGAGUAUGGUAUGAAUUCCAUCUACCAAGGAGGACUUUUUGAAUUAGAAGCUGGUGAUGAAAUAUUCGUAACUAUCUCUGACAGAGAGUUGAUGGAUGAUAAUGAGGCAUCUAGUUACUUUGGAUCCUUUAGACUGGAUUUGUAAGAUUGAAUGAAGUAUCAUUUUAUAAAGAGCUACUUGUUCAAAAUUAAUUCAUUGAAUCAAACAACUACCAUAAAAUCAGUUUUACUGGUCUUUUGUCCAAAACUUGAGCUAACUUGAGAAUUGUCUAUAAGAAUUUUACUUUCAGUUGAGUAAAAUGUGUUAAAUGACCAAUAUAGCUCAGUUCAGAAAGAUCUUUGUUAUCUACUUCACACAGCUGGUGUAUACAGCUCCAGCUGUAGUAGUCAAAAAACUGAAUGAGUUCUUCUCUGAUUCUGUGGAAGUACCAAAGCUCCUGAUUUGCCCGAACUUCCCCUCUCAAAAGACAGAUACACUUGUAUGGUAAAUUGAGAUAUUUCCCCACAAACAAAUAAGUCACUCAUUAGCAGUUGAUUAUGGAGAACAGGGGAAAGUAUCUGCUAAAAGUAAAAAAUGGAGCCACAGUCCAUGCUUCUGAAGGUUAAAAAAUCCAUGCUUCAAAACAUCACUAUGCCACUGGAAGGUGACGAGGAUAUGGAUCAAGAGAACUGCAUUGUUAAAGAGUUUUGGUAUGGAUAUAUAAAUUUGUAGAAGUGUUACAGGAGUCAAAACUUUCUCUUACACAAAUACACUUUUACUGUACCAAGUCCCUGAUGCCUUUUGAACUGUGCCAUUGAACUGCUUUAUACUUGAAAUGGAAAUUUCAGCAUUCUUGCUUCUAACUUAAGCUUUUCCCCCUUCAUGUAGCCCCUUUGACUCUUCGACUCAUCUUCCAAUUUCUGCAAGUGGGCUACUGAAAAACAUGCAUGCCCAACAUUUCCACUCUCCCUGUUCCUUUGUUCUGUCAUAAUUGUUUUAGGAUGCCACCUUCCACUCAAGUCAUUCCACAACUGAUUUCCUUCCAGUCUUCCCUCCCACCUUUCUAUCCUUCCAAGAAUUCAUUUACCUCAUUUCCUCCAUAUCGCAGACAUUCUCAGUGUGCUGUAGUGACCAAAUAUAUCCUUCUUUUUCUUUUCAGAAUAUUAAAAGUGUUCUACAACCCUUUCUACUCUUUCAUCAGCUGGUCCCCUCCCACAACACAAUCAUAUAAAUGUAUGGGAGAAGCAACGUUCGCCUUGCUUCUUCCUUAGUGUCCACUGAACCAAACACGCUUGACAAGGGCACAAGCAAUUUAUUUAUUUUCCACCAAGUUAGCAUUCUCUGCUUAUGAUGCAACCUCCAUUAGUUUAGGGAAACCUAAUUUACAUUAGGUGAUAAACACAAAAGAUGCUGCAGAUGCUGGAGGAACUCAGCAGAGCAGGCAGCAUCUGUGGAGGGGAAUAAAUAGUCGAUGUUUCAGGUCGAGGUCCUUCAGCAGGGCUGGAAGAGGGGGGAAAACAGAAUAAGUUGUGGGGAGUGGAAGGAGAACACACUGGCAGGUGAUAGGUGAAGCUAGGUGAGAGGGAAGGUGGCAGAUUGGGUGAGACUGAUCUAGUAAGUUUUUCAUUUUAAUUCCUCUCACGCACUCUGAGUUUAGCCUCUAGCAGUGUUGCUCUAUUGGAAGUUUGAAGGCAUAAUUUCACCUUUUGGCCUGGAAACCUCCAAUUUUAAAGCUAAUAUUAAGUUCAAAUAACUUCAGAACAAAACUUUAGGUUCCACUAUUUCAUACCAUGAGCUGGUAAUAGUUCUAAAAUUGCCAUUUAAAGUUUAUGCUAACUUCUAUUACUUCAAAUCAUGACUCUUUUUUGUCUUUUAAUCGCUGCAGUUUGUCUUCCAUUGUAUCACACACCUCAACUUAUUCUCUCUCCCACAAUGACCUGUACUUCUCUCUCUCCCUCUACUGUAUUCUUUUCUUUAUCUGCAGCCAGACAACACCUUACAUGCCUAGCUUCUUCCAGUUUUGACAAAAAAUGCUGACCUAAUUUUAAUGUAGGUCCUCUUCUCACAGAUAAUGUUUGAUGCUACUGUGUACUUCUGGCAAUUUAUUUUUAUUUCAUACUGGAGAAGGGAAUAUUUGAGAUUGACUUAAAAUUAUUUUAGCAUGCCCAAGAUUCCUACUUUAUCAAAUAAAUAUUGCAUUUCAUUUGAAAACUGUAACUGCAUGUCUUUAUUAGAGUGUUAAAGGUAAUUGCUCUUCACCCACAUGGCAGCUGUUUAAACCAGUUUGUGUAUUUUGUACAUACUGUACUCUUUUACUGAUGUAUCAAUACAAGGUAUCAGUUUUAAUGUACCAGAUUUGGAAUAAACUG